AUGGGGCACGUUGUUGUUGAAGGAGUGCCGGUGCCAGCAGCAAUUGCUUCAUCUUUUUCAGAUCCUAAAAAACGGCCUUUUUCGUAUACGGAACCGUUACCGCCAACAACAACAGCGACAGCAGUAACCGGAGAGCAACGUUCGGUAAGCACGUCGUACGUCAACGUAUCUCUACCAAAAGUAUUACCGAUAGUUCCCGAUUCAUCUGCUGACCAACAACCGUCAUCAACCGGUCAACAAAAGUUACCAGUAUUAACUGCUGAUACCACUUCUGCUUUCAACGACAGUAACAGUAACCCCACCACUGUAACUGCACCCUAUACGGAGAUGCCAACAAAUCUACAGUACAAUACACCAUUACCUAUUUACUCCAGGUAA